AGUGUAACACGGACACGAAUAUGUGUAGAUGUUCGUCUAGCAAUGGUGCAUUAAUAAAACUGACUGUCACAUCUCCAUCCCUGUUGUACUGUGUGGGAGAGGGAGUUACACAAUGCGGAAGUCAGCUGUGUGGUAAUGGGGCAGAAUGUAACACGACCAGCGGUUUGUGUGAAUGCUUACUCAGGAAUCGUGUACUAAAACAGCGGACGGACACAUCUCCUGCCCUGUCGUAUUGUGAGGAUAAUGAGAAACCUACAACAACACCAACGGGUACUUCCAAAGAAGCCGGCUCAACCAAAUCUCUGUCAAGCAAAACCACCGUCUCGGUUGGCCAUGCAACAACAACAACAGCCAGUCCAAACCAAAACAGAAACGCACAGUCCGAUUGUAAUGCCUUAACAGUCGGACUCGCAGUAGGAUUCGGGGAACCUCUUUGCAUCGCGGUGAUCGUUGUUGUUGUUGUUCUUAUUCGUAAACAUUGGGGCUUGAAAGUAGUGGAAUUAUGCAAGUCUCAAGGCUCUGUGUUGCAAAAUAUUAAUUCAAAUGACAACCUAUCAGCUGUUGAAACCGGACAUUCUUAUGAGGAUGUUGAGAGUUCUUCAUCAUUGGAAGAAAGUAGACGAAGCAGACGAACCGGCCCGAGAGUUGAAAUUGAAAUGGACAUAAACGAGACCGAUGUACAACCAAUCGGUGAUUCCCCAACAUACGAAGACGUUAGUGCACCAUCACAGUCACCUAAUGACAAUGACAAUAGCGGACUGUACGAAUCUGUUAAUACACGGGACACGUCAGGGACCAAAUUGUACACAUCUCUUGUGGCAAACUUAGCGUCUCAUUAAAAGUGAGCGAAGCGAUACCCUGGUCGGCCCUGGAUACAUGUACUACUGUACAGAAAAUGUAGUAUGCACAAUGAAAUUUUGAACGGAAAAUGAACUAACACAAUAAUGCUGUUCUCUACUUAUCCUAUUUUUACCCAUUCCAGUUUGCAUUAUAUGUUGCUGUCAACCUGUCAAGAUGUGACUGCAGCGUUUAUUUCCCUUGCCGACUACAGGCGCCUAUUAGAUGACCUUAAACGUGGAGAAAACAUAAAAAUAAAAUAAGAUUCAGAUAAAAGAAUGCGAGAAGUUAUUUGUAAAUGUAAUCUUCAAUAUUUCAACUUUUCUUUAACGAGGAAAAGACACAUGAAAAUAAUUUUUGUAUGGUGGGUAUUUGGGACAACCUUUUGGUAUUAAUAGACUUAAUAAUAUCAUCAGUGCGGAUGUAACACAGGUUUAAUAAAUAUUUUUGCACUAGUAUUUGUUCUUUACAACUAACAAAUGUAUUUAACAACAAUUUGGAUCACAUUUAUAUUUUUAACAUGUUUAUAAAUAGUGUCAUAAUUGAGAUUAAAUGCAUAUGUUUUGAUGUUUACAUUCAAAUGAAUUGAUUAGACAUGCAUCCCAUCCUUACUUAGAACAUCAUUGUGCAACAACGAUCAAUACCAAAAGUUGACCCCAAAUACCCAUCAUACAAAGAUAUUUUCAAAUACUAUUUUCUAUUGAUAGAAAAAUCCGAAAAAAAAUAUUAAAGAUCAUGUUUCCAGAAAAGUUUUAAGGCUCUUUCCUCUGAUUUUGCAUCAUUUGUAUGUUUUCUUCUCCUUUAACACACUGACUGAUUUUCAAAUGUUUUACUCUUCGUAACAGUUUCUCGUCACGUUGAUUUCAAUAAUGCCAUCUGACAUUUAGACAAGAAUUUGAGACUACGGCUGUAUCAUUUUAAACCACAUUUAACGGUAUAUUUUAGAUGUUUGCACACGAGAUUAUCUUCUAUGGAAAAGGAUAUAGCAAUAAUGGAACAUCGUUUUGUUUUAAUAUAUGGUUAAAAGCUCUCAAUAUUAACUGUGAACCGUGUUCCCCAAGAGUCUGUCGAAAUAAUGCUGGCAGUAUCUUUUCUGACUGUUAUGUAUAAACAGAUUUUUGAACGACACAGAUGUAGAAAAACAUCUCUUCACUGUUAUAUAAGGAAACAGCAUGCUGUAUAUGAAGAUAUUUAGUUAUACUAAGAAGACUGUACAUUGCAAAUCACGUAUUUUUUCAUAUUAUUCACAACAAAAUUAAUUGUUUUCCAAUUAUUACGGUGUUACUUACAUGUACUGCAUUAUUUCAUCAGCAUACAUAAACAUGCGCUUGUCUAACAUCCGUUCCUUUAGAAGCUUAUUAUAUGCAAAUUUAGUACUAAAUGGUUACUUUAAGUACAAGAGCCUUAGUUAAUAUAAAUAUGAUAGCAGCAGAUAACCAAGGGGACUAUUGUGUAAUAUAUUAUAACUUGGGUAA